AAGGAAAGGAAAGGAAAAUGAUAAUUGAGAUGACAUUGUGGAGAGUGGGAGUGGGAGUGAGUGAAAGGUGGUAACUGGCAACGGUGAAUUGUAUUAGUGGAUUAGAGAGAAGUAAUGAGAGGAUUAGAAGGAGAUAAGCAGAGGAGCAAGGAAAGAGAUGUGAGGAAAGGCAGGAACAGAGAGAAUCAAGCAACAGAAGAAGUAGAGUGUUGAUAAAGAUCCAGCUACCACCAAAACUGGUAUAACCCACCUCGGUUUCUGAGAAAAAAAAAAAAACCCAAAAAGAAGGGACUACCAAAUGGGCUUGGGAAGCAGAGGAGGAGAAAGAAGAGCAACACACCGCACACCCACCUUCUCGUCAUCAGCUGCAAGCAACAUGAACAACCCCAACAGCAGGAACAACACAAUAGCUCAGUACAAUGCGGAUGCUAGGCUUCUGGCUGAGUUUGAGCAGUCUGGUGAGUCCGGUAAGUCCUUUAACUACUCAAGAUCAGUUAUGAAUGCUCCUGAAUCUGUGCCUGAAGACCAGAUAAUUGCUUAUCUUUCGAGGAUUCAGAGGGGUGGGCUUGUGCAACCUUUUGGUUGUAUGCUUGCUAUUGAGGAACCCACUUUUAGGAUCAUUAGUUAUAGUGAGAAUUCUAUGGAUUUUUUGGGUUUGAAUACUUUAUCUGAGACGACACAGUUGAAGAGUCUGAUUGGUGUUGAUGUAAGAACCCUAUUUACGCCUCCUUCCAGUGCUUCUUUAGCCAAAGCGGCCAUGUCUAGGGAGAUAUCACUGUUAAACCCUAUUUGGGUCCAUUCUAGGAGUGCCCAGAAGACGUUUUAUGCUAUACUUCAUAGAAUCGACGUGGGAAUUGUGAUUGAUUUGGAACCGACACGGUCUGGUGAUCCAGCAUUGUCACUUGCUGGUGCUGUGCAGUCACAGAAACUUGCUGUACGAGCCAUUUCCAGGCUGCAGUCGCUUCCUGGGGGUGAUAUUGGAGUGUUGUGUGAUACUGUUGUGGAAGAUGUGCAGAAGCUUACUGGGUAUGAUAGGGUUAUGGUUUAUAAGUUCCAUGAUGAUGAUCAUGGUGAAGUUGUGUCUGAAAUCAGAAGAUCCGAUUUGGAGCCUUAUUUGGGAUUACAUUAUCCUGCAACAGAUAUCCCACAAGCUGCUCGGUUCUUGUUCAAACAGAAUCGUGUUCGGAUUAUUUGUGAUUGCAAUGCAAAAGCAGUAAGGGUGAUUCAAAGUGAGGAGCUAAAGCAACCCCUUUGUUUGGUCAACUCAACCCUUCGAUCUCCCCAUGGCUGCCACUUGCAGUACAUGGUCAACAUGGGCUGCAUUGCCUCCUUGGCAAUGGCGGUUGUUAUCAAUGGCAAUGAUGCAACAAAGCUUUGGGGAUUGGUGGUAUGCCACCAUACUUCCCCUAGGUAUGUUCCUUUUCCCCUUCGCUACGCUUGCGAAUUCCUUAUGCAGGCAUUUGGGCUGCAGCUCUACAUGGAGCUUCAAUUGGCAUCACAGUUGGCAGAGAAGAAGAUCCUCAGGAUGCAAACCUUAUUAUGUGACAUGCUCCUUCGGGAAGCCCCAUUAGGCAUUGUGACACAUUCUCCAAGUAUAAUGGAUCUCCUGAAGUGUGAUGGGGCUGCACUACACUAUGGUGGGAGAUGUUGGUUAUUAGGUGUAACUCCCACCGAAUCACAGGUAAAAGAUAUUGCUGAAUGGCUCCUUACUGAACAUGGGGAUUCUACAGGGCUGAGUACAGAUAGUUUGGCUGAUGCAGGAUAUCCUGGUGCUGCAUUACUGGGUGAUGCGGUUUGUGGCAUGGCAACUGCAAGAAUAACUUCAAAGGAUUUCUUGUUCUGGUUCAGGUCACACACUGCUAAGGAAGUUAAAUGGGGAGGAGCUAAGCAUCAUCCAGAAGAUAAAGAUGAUGGUGGUAGAAUGCACCCAAGAUCAUCAUUCAAAGCAUUUCUUGAGGUGGUAAAAAGUAGAAGUUUGCCUUGGGAGGUUUCCGAGAUCAAUGCUAUUCACUCUUUACAGCUCAUAAUGAGAGAUUCAUUUCAGGACAUUGAGGACAGUAGUGGUAAGGUGAUGGUUCAUGCCCAAAAGUAUGAUUCUGAGAUGCAAGGGUUGAAUGAGCUUAGUUCUGUGGCAUGUGAAAUGGUCAAAUUGAUUGAGACAGCAACCGCUCCCAUUUUUGGGGUUGAUUCAUCUGGUUGCAUCAAUGGAUGGAAUGCAAAAAUUGCUGAAUUGACAGAAUUACAAGCUAAAGAAGCUAUGGGUAAGUCCCUGGUUGAUGAAAUUGUUCAUGAGGACUUGCGUGGAGCUGUUGACAAUCUUCUAUGCAGAGCUUUGCAAGGCAAGGAGGACAAGAAUGUUGAGUUGAAAUUGAAAAAAUUUGGGCUAAAUCAGCAAGAUUCAGCGUUAUACAUUGUGGUCAAUGCCUGCACAAGUAGAGAUUACACAAACGAUAUUGUUGGGGUGUGCUUUGUGGGUCAAGACAUCACAUCUGAGAAAAUUGUCAUGGAUAAAUUCAUCCGCUUGCAAGGGGAUUACAAGGCCAUUGUACAAAGUCUUAAUCCAUUAAUCCCACCUAUAUUUGCUUCUGAUGGGAAUGCUUGCUGUUCUGAAUGGAACACAUCCCUGGAAAAGCUAACUGGUUGGAUGAGACAUGAGGUUAUAAGAAAAAUGCUUCCAGGAGAAGUUUUUGGAGGUCUAUGUCCAUUGAAAAGUCAGGAUACACUUACUAGAUUUACGAUUCUAUUAUACCAAGCAAUAAGUGGUCAAGAUACAGAGAAGUUCCCAUUUGGGUUUUUUGAUAAGAGUGGAAAACUUGUGGAGGUUCUCUUAACAGCUAAUAAAAGAACUGAUGCGAAUGGGAAUGUGAUUGGGUGUUUCUGCUUCUUGCAGAUUGAUACACCUGACAAGCAUCAGGGCUUGGGAGAUGGACCAGAGUAUAGGGAGUGUUUUUCAAAAUUUAAGGAGUUAGCUUACAUAAGACAAGAGAUGAAAAAUCCUUUGAAUGGAAUUCGGUUUACCCACAAACUUUUGGAAACUACAGCUACCUCAGUUUACCAGAAACAAUUUCUUGAAACUAGUGAGGCAUGUGAAAGGCAGAUGAUGUCUAUCAUUGCAGAUAUAGAUAUGGGAAUUAUAGAAGAGGGCAGCAUGGAGCUAAAUGUGGAAGAGUUUCUAUUGGGAAAUGUUUUGGAUGCUGUUGUCAGCCAAGUAAUGAUGUUGCUGAAGGAAAAGAAGUUACAGCUAGUUUGUGAGAUUCCAGAGGAAAUCAAAACACUUCCUCUCUCCGGUGAUCAAAUUAAGCUUCAGCAGGUCUUGUCUGAUUUCUUGCAUAAUAUAGUGCACCAUGCACCAUCUUCAGAUGGCUGGAUAGAAAUCAAGAUUUCAACUGGUUUAAAGAUGAUACAGGAUUUUAAUGAAUUCAUCCAUUUACAGUUCAGAAUGACCCACAUUGGCCAGGGCCUUCCUCCUGACCUAAUCCAAGAUAUGUUUGAAGGAGGAGACCAGUGGAAUACCCAGGAAGGCUUAGGGCUGAACCUGUCAAGGAAACUUCUCAGUGCAAUGAAUGGUCGCGUCCAAUAUGUCAGAGAGCAUGGUAAAUGUUACUUCCUUGUUGAAAUUGAUCUGAAGAACAGGAGAGCAAGAGAAAAGGGGAAACAGAUACAAGUAAGAUGACAUGACUCUCUUCUCCAAACCUCUGUGUUAUCAUGUAUCUAUAAGGACAUAGGUAGAUUGUAUCUCGCGGAGAAGCAUCUGGUACGGCUCGAGACCUCGUCAUAAUCCCUCAUAAGCCCUAAUUUUGAUUAUGGUUCCAGCCACUUUUCACUAUACCUAUGUCGAAACUCGAAAGUUCACCUUUCCUCCCAUGCAGGAUAGUUUUAUCUGUAGUAUUUCUCCCUACCGACACUCCAUCCUUCUCCAUCAUUGUAUAUUACCAACUGUAGUGUAAAACUGUAUAUGUGAAUAUGUAUGUAUUUAUCAUCCUGAGAUAAACAUGGAGAAGCCAAACAGUAGUUUCACUUGUUGGAGAGUUCAAUAUGAAUAUUUUCUUCUGUUGUUUAAAAUGAUCUAA